AUGAUGACAAACAGAAGGAUCAGAGUACUGGACAAUGCUCCAAGACCAUUCAAAUGUACUUUAUGUCCGCAGGCAUUCAAACAAAAAGGCCAUUUGGUACAACACUUGAGAAUACAUACUGGUACAAAACCAUAUCGCUGUGAGUUAUGUGGAUAUGCCAGUACAAUCCGUGGAAACUUAACAGCUCACACUAAGCUUCGCCAUAACAACACUAAUGCUAACAAGAGGACGAGACUUCGGUGUCCACAUUGUGGUCUGUAUUUCAAGUUUAUUGAUACUUUACAAGUCCACAUUGCAAGUAGACAUUUUGGUGCAGUUAAUGCAGGUAGACAAAAUGAUAAUCAAACUAUACCUCCAGUGUCGAGUGGGUUCUCAUCGCCACAGGCAGCUCAAAACAGUUUUGAUAGAAAUGUUGAUAUGCAGCAUAUCAACACCACCCGAUCAGAUGUGAUGCCAGUAUCUAUAGCAACCAGUGCACCAACUCUUAGCAGUGACAGUGUUAUUUUCCAAAACCAACCUGCUGUUCCAUCAAUGAUGUCUGUGCAGCAGUGGGAAGUCAUAGACAAUGGCAGCAUUGCAGUGCGAAACGACAUGAUGGAUGGGGCAGCCAGCAGUUCACAAAGUGCUAAUGAAAAUCCUGUUACGCAGACAGACCAGACAUCAUCAACAAGUUUCAGUGCAGAUAAUGGAGCACCUGGUAGUCAUGGUAAUGCAGUGCAGGAGUAUGAUUUGACUGUUCCUUCAGGGGAUGUGACUGAUGAGACAGGCAUAAAAGUAGAAAACCAAAGUUUCACUGAUUGCCAAAAGGAGAGCAAGGUUUCCAAUUCUGAGGCGAGCAUUGGAUUCUCUCGAACACCCAUGCAGCAGAAAUUGUUGUAUGCUGCUCAGGUCAGAACUGAGAAAGACAAAGUUACAACCGUGGAUGAUGACAGUAGUGCAACUGAUGCAGGUACCAGACAGGAUAGCUUGGAGAUUGCAAUGGAUACUGGGUUUGUAAGUUCUUUCAAUACCUCUGAAGCUCAUAACAAUCAGGAUGUUGAAGAAAUAAGGACUGUUAAUUCCGUAAUUUCUCCAAAUGCUGUUGAAUGCAUUCCCUCAAGUUCUAACAGUCAGUUAAAUAUUGCAGCAACCAGUAGUGUAAAGAGAAUCAGGAAAUCUAGGAGGUCUAUAACGUCUUCAAGCCCUGUAUCAGUACCUCGAGGAAACAAUUUAUCCAUGGUAUCUUCCCCUACCAUGAGAUCUACCCAUAGUCCUUCAUCGCAGCAAAGUAUCAACAGUCCUGGCAUCAACACUACAGUUCAUAUGUUCAAUCAGUCAGGUCUGAGUCCCUCAAGUCCUUCCAGUCAUGCUGCAAGUCCAUCAAGAAGGUCGUCCCUGAUGAAAUUCAAGUUUCAAAAUAAGGAUUCACUGCUUUGUGAAUUUUGUGAUAUUGUUUUCAGCGAUACCAUAAUGCACACCAUACAUAUGGGAUGGCACAAUCAUCAAAAUCCAUUUCAAUGCGGUGUUUGUGGCAAGGUGUGUAGAGACAAAUACGACUUCAUGUGCCACUUUACUCGUGGUCAUGACUCUACGUGA